CCCUGCCGAGGAGCCUACUUGCUGCAGCCCAAUGCAUUGUGUAAGACGCGACCUGUUAUGGCCACCACUACUUCCGGGUUCUAGCAUUCUGGUCGGAAUCCACCUCUCCGCCUGUGCAACACACACUUUACACACGCACGGGGACUGCAAGCGGGCAGCAUCGAUCGUGGCUCCUUUAAGACAAACUCAGACAGACAUUUUUUUUUAACCCUCCUCCUCUAAUCUCCCUCCAGUGCAGCAGUUGCAAAGAGGGAGAGAGAGAGAGAGAGAAAGAGAAAGAGCGAGCGAGAGAAGAGAGAAACUGAUUAGGAAUUAGGACUGGUUCAAGGGAAGCGAGCGCUAGGGCUUUGUGCAUUUGAAUAUUAACAUUUGAGGUGUUCUGACCAGAAGAAGACAGAGCGGAUGAUCAUUCAUUCACCACGUUGACAACCUCGCCUGUGAUUGACAGCCGGAGUGGCAGAAAGCCAUGAGAUUUGGUAGUUGGGUCUGAGGGGCGCUCCUUUUUUUUUUUUUAACUGAUUUUUUUUGGGGGAGAGAAGAUCUGCUUUUUUUUGCCCCCGCUGCUGUCUUGGAAACGGAGCGCUUUUAUGCUCAGUGACUCGGGCGCUUUGCUUCAGGUCCCGUAGACCGAAGAUCUGGGACCAGUAGCUCACGUUGCUGGAGACGUUAAGGGAUUUUUCGUCGUGCUUUAAAAAAAUUUUUUUUCCGGGGGAGUUUGCUUAUUUGUUUCUUUUCACACUGGCCUUAAAGAGGAUAUAUUAGAAGUUGAAGUAGGAAGGGAGCCAGGGAGGCCGAUGGCGCAAAGGUACGACGAUCUACCCCAUUAUGGGGGCAUGGAUGGAGUAGGCAUCCCCUCCACGAUGUAUGGGGACCCGCAUGCGGCCAGGUCCAUGCAGCCGGUCCACCACCUGAACCACGGGCCUCCUCUGCACUCGCAUCAAUACCCGCACACAGCUCACACCAACGCCAUGGCCCCCAGCAUGGGUUCCUCCGUCAAUGACGCUUUAAAGAGAGAUAAAGAUGCCAUUUAUGGACACCCCCUCUUCCCUCUCUUAGCACUGAUUUUUGAGAAAUGUGAAUUAGCUACUUGUACCCCCCGCGAGCCGGGGGUGGCGGGAGGGGACGUCUGCUCGUCAGAGUCAUUCAAUGAAGAUAUAGCCGUGUUCGCCAAACAGAUUCGCGCAGAAAAACCUCUAUUUUCUUCUAAUCCAGAACUGGAUAACUUGAUGAUUCAAGCCAUACAAGUAUUAAGGUUUCAUCUGUUGGAAUUAGAGAAGGUACACGAAUUAUGUGACAAUUUCUGCCACCGGUAUAUUAGCUGUUUGAAAGGGAAAAUGCCUAUCGAUUUGGUGAUAGACGAUAGAGAAGGAGGAUCAAAAUCAGACAGUGAAGAUAUAACAAGAUCAGCAAAUCUAACCGACCAGCCCUCUUGGAACAGAGAUCACGAUGACACAGCAUCGACUCGUUCGGGAGGAACCCCGGGCCCUUCCAGCGGCGGCCACACAUCGCACAGUGGGGAUAACAGCAGUGAGCAAGGUGAUGGCUUGGACAACAGUGUAGCUUCCCCCAGCACAGGUGAUGAUGAUGAUCCAGAUAAGGACAAAAAGCGUCACAAAAAGCGUGGCAUCUUUCCCAAAGUAGCCACAAAUAUCAUGAGGGCGUGGCUGUUCCAGCAUCUAACACACCCUUACCCUUCCGAAGAACAGAAAAAGCAGCUGGCACAAGACACGGGACUCACCAUCCUACAAGUGAACAAUUGGUUUAUUAAUGCCCGGAGAAGAAUAGUGCAGCCCAUGAUAGACCAGUCCAACCGAGCAGGCAAGUCCCCCAUAGUGACUGUAUUCAAGUCACGCAAGCGAAAACCAUCCUCAAGCCAUUCACUGGGAGGUCUGCUACCUGUAAGUCAAGGAACACCUUAUAAUCCCGACGGACAGCCAAUGGGAGGUUUUGUAAUGGACGGUCAGCAACACAUGGGAAUCAGGGCACCAGGGCUGCAAAGUAUGCCAGGGGAGUAUGUAGCUCGGGGUGGUCCAAUGGGUGUGAGUAUGGGACAGCCAAGUUAUACCCAACCCCAGAUGCCCCCCCAUCCUGCUCAGCUGCGUCAUGGGCCCCCCAUGCAUACGUACAUUCCUGGACACCCUCACCACCCAACAGUGAUGAUGCAUGGAGGACCGCCCCACCCUGGAAUGCCAAUGUCAGCAUCAAGCCCCACGGUUCUUAAUACAGGAGACCCAACAAUGAGUGGACAAGUCAUGGACAUUCAUGCUCAGUAGCUUAAGGGAAUAUGCAUUGUCUGCAAUGGUGACUGAUUUCAAAUCAUGUUUUUUCUGCAAUGACUGUGGAGUUCCAUUCUUGGCAUCUACUUUGGACCAAGGAGCAUCCCUAAUUCUUCAUAGGGACUCUUAAAAAGCAGGAAAAUACCAACUGAAGUCAAUUUGGGGGACAUGCUAAAUAACUAUAUAAGACAUUAAGAGAACAAAGAGUGAAAUAUUGUAAAUGCUAUUAUACUGUUAUCCAUAUUACGUUGUUUCUUAUAGAUUUUUUAAAAAAAAUGUGAAAUUUUUCCACACUAUGUGUGUUGUUUCCAUAGCUCUUCACUUCCUCCAGAAGCCUCCUUACAUUAAAAAGCCUUACAGUUAUCCUGCAAGGGACAGGAAGGUCUGAUUUGCAGGAUUUUUAGAGCAUUAAAAUAACUAUCAGGCAGAAGAAUCUUUCUUCUCGCCUAGGAUUUCAGCCAUGCGCGCGCUCUCUCUCUCUCUCUUUCUCUCUCUUUCUCUCUCUCUCUCUCUUUCUCUCUUUUCCUCUCUCUCCCUCUCUCUAGCCUGGGGCUUGAAUUUGCAUGUCUAAUUCAUUUACUCACCAUAUUUGAAUUGGCCUGAACAGAUGUAAAUCGGGAAGGAUGGGAAAAACUGCAGUCAUCAACAAUGAUUAAUCAGCUGUUGCAGGCAGUGUCUUAAGGAGACUGGUAGGAGGAGGCAUGGAAACCAAAAGGCCGUGUGUUUAGAAGCCUAAUUGUCACAUCAAGCAUCAUUGUCCCCAUGCAACAACCACCACCUUAUACAUCACUUCCUGUUUUAUGCAGCUCAAAAACAUAGACUGAAGAUUUAUUUUUAAUAUGUUGACUUUAUUUCUGAGCAAAGCAUCGGUCAUGUGUGUAUUUUUCCAUAGUCCCACCUUGGAGCAUUUAUGUAGACAUUGUAAAUAAAUUUUGUGCAAAAAGGACUGGAAAAA